AUGGCGAUGGUUUACUGCAAGUCCGACGGCGCCGCCCUGUGCCUCAAUUGCGACAGCUACGUCCACUCCGCUAACGCCGUCUCGCUCCACCACCUCCGCUCUCUAAUCUAUGACCGCUGGGGCAGAGCUGACCGCCGGAAUCCCCACUCCUCUCCGUUGGGAUCAAAUCACUUCAACUUCCGCGACUUCGACUCUGACUACGACCCCGAGUCUAUCGCCUUCCUCCGCGGUCAGGGCAUCAACUUCGCCGAGCACAAGCGCAGGGGUAUCAACUCCCGUUUCUUCGCUGCCUACUUUCUCAAAUCCGGCGUUGGAAUGGGCCGGGCCUGGGUUACUUUCCACGGGCUCUACGACUUCGGGUUCCUGAUCAAGAUUCUUACGAGGGAGGCGCUGCCCGACCAUCUCCAAGAGUUCAUGGUGCUGCUGCGUCGCUUUCCGGGGAUUCAGGUCUACAAUUUGAAGCCCAUCACACGCUCCUUAUCGCUGCAUGGUGGGCUCGACGCGGUGGCUCGGAGUUUGAGUGUCGAGCGGGCUGCUGGGAAGAGCCAUCAUGCCGGCUCAGAUAGUCUGCUCACUAUGCAAGUCUUCACUCGACUUGAUGAAAUAGUAUAUAGUAGUUUGUUUGAAAAUGCAUCUCUUGAUGAUUGCAUUUGUGACAAUUUGAAUUGGUUUGAUCCCAAUCGUACCGUUUAA